GAACGCCGAUAAUCAAAAUCGUUGAAGGUUCAGUGUCUUUCAGACCUAAAGUUACUUGGAUGUGAUUCAUGAAAAAAAAGAAAUCAGGAUAAAUAAUUGUAAUUUUGCGUGAUAAAAAAAUUAUAUUAAAUAUAAUAAAUUAAUUGGCGAAUGACGAACUCGCGAUGCGUCCAUGUCGAGGAGUUCUCACCGGGUUGAUAGGUUGUUUGACAGUAGCCUUCAUUGUCUUCAGCGCGCGAUCCGGGGCUGAUGAUGAGGACCUUUUUGGAAAGGAAUCAAAGGACACAACAAACAUCAUCGGAGAUGAUGCAUAUCAAUCCUAUGAGAUGUCGUCUAAUAAAAUUCAGAUUCAAAGACAUGUUACACCAUCACUUGCAGAAUUAGGUGGGCGAGGGAUUUUGCCGGAAAUGAAUGACCAUGUAGUGAUGGUGACACGAAUACCGGGUGCAGGAGCUGAGUUACUAGUUCUCAUUUUGCAACGCCUUCAGGGACACAAUGCAUUCAAGCAUAUACGUUUGCCACCAGGAGACGACGGAAUUCUCACCAAUUUGCAGCAGGAACUUCUUGUAGAAGAAAUAACAAGUAUUAUCAGACAAGAAGCGAUUCCUCUAACUUUUGAUGGGGACGUUCGAUUUCUGAAUUUUUCAGCCUUUGAUAGGCAAGCACCGACUUUUAUUUCUUUGGUUAGAGAUCCUUUGGAUCCCAGGACUUUGGAAAGAUUCCGAAAUGGAGAUUCAUCAAUGAUCUACAGUGGAUCAAUAUCCCACUUUUGUGGACAAGAUACACGUUGCACCCAAAGAAAUAGUAAAUGGGCGUUAGAACGUGCCAAGGUUAACGUAAAAAGAUGGUAUCCUGUUAUUGGAAUCUUGGAUGAAAUGGAUAAGACGCUAGAAGUUCUUGAAAACUUUUAUCCAGAAUUUUUUGAGGGUGCAAAACUAGUCUACAAAGAGCUCAAACCAAAAAAUAUUACACAAGAAACAAGACCACUAAAGAAAUCGAUAAAAAAGCGACUAGGAAAGGUGUUGGCGAAGGAAGUAGAAUUUUACCAAUGGCUAAAAUCACGUCUUUUAAACGAAACACCCUCUAAAGAAAGACAGAAUAAUUAGGUAAAGAAUCAAGAAAUUUGCAAAUCAGUCGUUACCGAAAAGAUAACACGCUUGAGGACUAUUGCAUUUCACAAAAAACUGACUGAAAAGUGGAUAGAUUUAUGAAGAUAUCUAUUUUUAGGAGAAUAAUAAAGAUAAAAUUAUUUAUUUUUUAUAUAGUAAUGACGUGAGAAUAGUAUUAUAACAUUUUAGGCUUUUUUAAAUUUCUGUUCGAGAUUGAAUUAAGAGUCAGAAUAGAUUUAAAUUCACAUAUUUAUUUCUAUUAAAUCGCCAAAAAUUAAUGAGAUUUUCAAAAUAUACAUCGAUAGUGUAUUACUUAUGCGAGGAGUUUUUGUCAAACGAGGCCAAAGUUUUUGUCCUAGUAAAAAAUAGUAUAUUGAAAAUCAAUUUAAAUCAUUUAAAAUAAAUUUCUAAUUUGUGUUGCACAUUUUUCAUCUCUAAGAAAUUAGUUACUGUUAAUACUUUAGGUCUUCUUGCAAAUUCUUGGAAUUCAAACCCAAGGAUUUCUUUCGUUUAAAAUGUAUAGAAGUACUUAAACUGUGCCAUAUAUUAGAAUUACUUUUAUAUAAAGUUGAUCUGUUACCGUUUGUUACCCAAUACUUGUGUACAAAAUAAAUCGAAAUAUUCUAGUAGAACAGUUGUAUCGUAUAAACGAAUGGACUUUUAAUAUUACUAUAAAUGAUCGAAACAAGAAUGGAAUAAAUACUUUAAUGAAAGUGUAGUCAAGUAUCGUUCAUUUGAAUAAAUAUUAUAAUUUUUCUAAAAUUAUUGUAUAGUAUACAAGGGUGGCCGUAAACUUUUAUUUUCAAAAUUCCCUGAUUUUUCCCUAACUAAUGUUCUUUCGAAUUUAAAAGAAUUAGAUUCAUAAGACUCUAAAACAAUUCGAAUUGAAUUCAAAGAUCUUCUAAUGAAUUGGAAAAAGUACACAAAAUUCCACUCAUGUCAUUCAAAUUAAAGUAAAUUCAGAGAAAUUUAAAACAAUCCCAAAGUAUACAAAAAUUAACUAAAUCUAUUAAACUUGACAUGAUUCUAUACAAAUUU